AUGGGCCAUCCGGCCUCCCAGCGCGGCGUCCACAUCUCCUGCCAGCUGCGCGAGAAGGAGCUGCACAAGCCCUCCUCAAAGGUGGAAGAGUCGGAGCCACCGCGCCGCACCCUCUGGAUCCGCUUCGUCGACGAGGUGAAGCACUACUAUCACGGCUUCAAGCUGCUCUUCAUCAACAUCAACAUCUCUCGCAGACUCGUGUGGAAGGUGCUCAACGGCAAGAGCCUGUCACGCCGGGAACAGCGACAGCUGGUGCGCACGGUGGCCGACUUGUUCCGGCUGCUGCCGUUCUCUGUGUUUAUUAUCAUCCCGUUCAUGGAGUUGCUGCUGCCUGUGGCGCUGAAGAUCUUCCCUCAGAUGUUGCCUUCCACGUUCCAGACGUCUAACGCUGAGAUCCGAACAUCCGGGGAGCAGGCCUCCAACGAGCAGAUCAUCAAGUUCUCGAAGCUGUUCGAGGACGAGGUGACGCUCGACUCGCUGGACCGGCCGGAGCUCGUCGCGCUGUGUCGAGUGCUCGAGAUCCCGACGUUCGGCACCAACAACUUCCUUCGCUUCCUCAUCCAGAUGAAGCUGCGCGGUCUCAAGGCCGAUGACAAGAUUAUCCAGCGGGAGGGCGUUGAGACGAUGGUGGUGGAGGAGCUGCAGUCGGCGUGUCGCGCGCGGGGCAUGCGAGCGUACGGUGUGUCCGUGGACCGACUGCGCUCUCAGCUCUCCAAGUGGCUCGACCUCAGCCUCAACGAGAAGGUGCCCCCGUCUCUGCUGCUGCUCUCCCGCGCCUUGUACCUGCCGGAGAACCUGCCUGCCGGCGACCAGCUGAAGGCUGCCAUCUCCCGUCUGCCUGAGUCUGUGGGCACGGCCACGCGCGCCGCCAUCGGAGAUCGCGAGGGCCGCGUCGACUUCAAGACGCGCGUGGACGUGAUCAAGGACGAGGAGCGCAAGAUCUUGGAGGAGGACGAGGAGCAGCGUCGCCUGCUGCGAGACACGGCACCCACAUUGGCCGACCGGGCGGAGGAGGUGGGCGAGCUGACGUCACGUGACGUAUCCGAAAUCGAGGGCGCGCUCGAGACUCUGGCAGCCACCCGACGCCGGCCGCUGCUCGAGCAGGAAGAGCUAGAGGACAUCAAGGAAGAGAUGGCCGACUACCAGGAGGAUGUGCAGGAUCUGCGGGAUAUCAUGAACAAGGCCGGCAAGAAGAUGAGUCAUCUGAAGGAGACGAGGGCUGCUCGAGGUCUGCAGUACAGCGUUAACAGGAUGAUCGGCUCGCUCGACUCCAUGAUCGACAAGCUGCAGGCCAAGGAGAAGAAGCUGCAUGAACAAAACACCUCCCGCGACGGCAAAAAGAGCGAUGAGGAGGUGGGCAUCCAGGAGCUUAUCCAGACGCUGCAGCACAUCCAGUCGGUGCCCGACCAGACCAAGCUCAACACUAUCGCUCACGUGCUCUCCAAGAUGGACGACAAUCAGGACGGCUCGAUCCGCGUGGAGGACGUGCUGGACGUUAUUGAGCUGAUGGGCCAGGAUAACCUCAAGCUGAACAGCAAGCAGAUGGAGGAGAUCAUUCAGCUGCUGGACCGCGAGAAGGUGCUGGAUCUGGAGCGGAGGAUCGAGAAGGCGCUGCUCCGGGAGGCGGAGGAGAUCGCGGCGGCGGCGGCUGCCGCCGAGAAGGCCGCCCAACAAAAACCGGAACAAUAG